AUCCCGGCAGAUCCAGUAUACGAGUCACAGCUCGGCAAUGACGAAUCAACACGGUGGGGAACACAGCCUCCUAUCAUGGAAGAGUUGAAGAAACAGGCAAAAGCACUUGGAAUCUGGAACCUCUUCCUACCGUUUUCGCACGGGCAACAUCGGCGCAGGUUUUCGAAUUUGGAGUAUGGGUUGAUGGCGGAGCAGUUGGGGAAAUCUCCUAUUGCCAGUGAAGCAUGCAAUUGUAACCCUCCUGAUACUGGGAACAUGGAAAUUCUGAAAAAAUACGGAACGGAAGCUCAAAAGAAGCAGUGGCUAGAUCCUUUACUGGAUGGCGACCUUCGAUCUGUUUUCCUCAUGACUGAACCAGAUAUAGCGUCUUCAGAUGCAAAGAAUAUCCGACUAACAAUUGACAAAGUUGGUGAUGAAUAUGUCCUUAAUGGCUCAAAAUGGUGGAGCAGUGGCGCUGGCCACACAAAGGCUUCCGUAUUCCUUGUUAUGGGAAAAAGCUCCCCAAAUAAUCCAGACUCGUAUAAACAACAGUCUGUGAUUGUGGUCCCCGCUGACACCCCAGGGAUCAGGCGGUUACGUAUGAUGUCGGUAUUCGGAUAUGACGACGCUCCACACGGCCAUGGACAUUUUGUUUUUGAGAAUGUUAGGGUUCCAUGUUCUAGCAUACUUGGAGGCGAAGGUAGAGGAUUUGAGAUUAUCCAGAGCCGUCUUGGGCCAGGCCGGAUACAUCAUUCUAUGCGAGCCAUUGGAGUUGCUGAACGAGCACUGGAAUGGAUGAUUGCCCGCAUAGGCGACAGCCGCAAAACCGCAUUUGGCAAAAAGCUCAACCAACACGGUACUAUUCUCCAAUGGGUCGCAGAAUCACGCAUAUACAUCAACACAGCACGCCUUUCCGUCCUCAAUGCCGCUUUCAAAAUUGAUGUUGGGGACGCCAAGGGUGCCGUGUCUGAGAUUGCGCAGGCCAAGGUUCUGGCUCCGAGAGCCGUUCUGGAGACGCUCGAGCGGGCAAUUCAGACCUAUGGAGGUGCUGGGGUUUCCCAAGAUACGCCGCUGGCGGCCAUGUGGGCACAGGCGCGGACUUUGAAGAUUGUUGAUGGGCCGGAUGAAGUGCAUUUGCAGCAGUUGGGAAGAAAUGAGUCGAAGAGGGGGGAUGAAUUGCAGGCUAAGAUUGAGAGACAAAAACAUUUGACUGAGGAUCUAUUGGCGUCUUCGAAGAUUAGUAGAAGAAAGGGGAAAUUGUUCUCCUUGCUUUAA